AUGAACCACUACGCCAACAAGAAGAGUGCAGCUGAGAGCAUGCUUGACAUAGCACUGUUAAUGGCUAAUGCUUCUCAGCUAAAGGCUGUGCUGGAGCAGGGACCCCAGUUUAACUUCUACGCCCCACUUAUAACUCUCAUCAGCCUAUCGCUAGGUCUGCAAAUAAUGGUUGGAGUGUUACUCAUCUUUAUAGUGAAGUGGAAUUUGAAUGAUGAAGAGAAACAACAUCAGCUAAACCUCAUGGAGAACAUUGCCACAGGAUGUGUCUUCAUUAUUGUGGUAAUCAACGUCUUCAUCACAGCAUUUGGGGUUCAACGGCCAAACCAGAAUUAGUAAAGUGUACA